GCACCACCGGAACGCAGAGCACAGCAAUGGGUAUCAAUACAAAUACAGCAGCACCAGCCGGUCUUCCUGACUCGGGGCUGGGUGCGCUGAUGGAAACCUCCCCAAUCGGCUGGGUUUUGGGGGUGGGGCCGGGAGCUUUCCGCGCCCCCAGCACCUGCCUCGAGGGUCUUCCUCUCCAGCUAACGAUUCGGGAAGGAUGUUGGAUGAGGCUUGAUCAAGCCUGGGGUCGCAGGGCCUCAGAGGAAAUUCUCCAGGCUCUCCGAGGCGCCGCGUCUCGCCGUCCCCUGGGCCAUGCCGGCUCCGCUCGCUCGGAGCCACUCCAGGCGCGCCCACUCCAGCUGCCCGAGCGCACCGAACGCCGAGGGCGGCGCUGCCUCCGCGUGGCGCGGACCGGCCGCGUCCCCUCCUUGCUCUUCUUGGCCGCCGCCCGGCACUUGCAACUAACUUCGCCCAAGUUUCCUGCACCACCGCCGCCGCGCCCCUGUCGGCGCUUUUGCUUCGCAGCGUGCGACCGCGUGUGCGCUGAGCCGAGGGCCCCUCUCUCCUGGGUUCUCCCGCCAGAACCCAGCAGGUGCGGAGGCGGAGGGGCUGGAGGAGGGGAUUUAAGGAAACCGCGCAGUCACCUCAGUUCGCAGGUCCGCCCUGGGGCUGCUUCCGCUUCCCCGACUCCCGCAGCACAGUGGGCCCCUUCCCGGCCCAGACCGCCACUCUGCCGCUCCUGACUCGGCAGGAGCGCUGUGCACGGUCUCAGGUUUAGGCUAGUGGAGAGCCUGGAGCGCGUCGCGGAGUCUGCGCACUGCUUCGCGUUGGCAACCUCGGUGUCUUCCGGGCUACCCUGGCCGGCCGGAGCUGCUGUGGUGGAGGCUCCGGGAUCCUCUGCCUGAAGGAAGGAAGCGCGCCAGGGAGAGAACCUCGCGAACUACGGUGGAAGAGGGGACGCACCCUAGAAAAUGUUGGAGACUUUUCUUUGUAAGAAAGGGCUUAUUUUCCUUGGAGGUCCAGAUGUUACUUGCAACAGAUGCUUCCCGCAUUUUCUUGCACUGGUGAUGCACCCAGUUAGAGGUAGUGGAGAGAAAAAUACCUGAGGACGGACUGACUGAGCGUCCUCUUUGGCAACCCUUUCGAAAAGGAGCUAGCACAGGCUGACAGUAGGCAUCCUUGGCUGAGUAUUCCGCUCUUUAAAAUUUCUGAGUGUUUUGUUUCUUUUCUGGUCGUCAGAGCCAUCUAUAUGCUGAUCUGUUUAAGGUAUAGUUAACUUACAGUAUCUCAAAUAAUGAGAGGAUGGUGUUCAAAACGAAUAAGAAGAGUGAGAUGUUUCUCUGAAAGAAAAAAAGUGAACUAUACCAAUCAUGCCAUACUGGAAUAUUUCUGUGUUAAGCACAAUUUUCUUUAGUAAGAACAGGGUUUUUUUUUUUAUAAUUGAAAUGAUGCAAACAUCAAACAGCAUGAUUUUGUUUGCACAUUUUUCUCACUUCUUGGUGUGCUGCAGCAUAGUUACAGCAUGAUCAGUCUGGAGGUUUUAUUCACAAGUUGGCCUGCCCUUCAGGGAGGACUUGCUUGCCUUCUUUCUUUGGGAGUUUAGAUUUGACCUAGCCAUGUGGUGUGUGUGCAAAUAGGAAGUGCCACAAGCAGUUAACUCUUUAAAUCUUCCCUGCUAUGUGUGUUCAUGUCUCUCUUUCUCUCUGCCUCUCUGUCUCUCUCUCGCUUUCUCUCUCUCUCUCUGUCUCUCACACACACAAGCACUGAUUGUAGUUAUGAACUUAAAAACUGUUUUAGGUCAUCAGAUUUAUUUAAAAGUUAGGCUUGUUUUAUUGCUCAUUGCAAUAAAAAUUAGUGAUUGUUGCUUUAAUUUUAGUAGCUGUGAUAACGUAUAGAAAUGCAAAUUAGCAGUGAAAUGUAUAGGAGUCUAUUUUUCUUAAGAUAUCAUCUUUACAAAUGUUUAUUUUGUAUCAGUUAUGCCCUUGUAUUGCUAAAACAAUUGGACUGACUUCUUAGAACGAUAUUUCUUUCCUGGCUCUAUAAAGGCACUGUCAUUAACAGACUCUGGGUGGAGAAACAUUAAAACACUAGCAAGUGUAAUUACGUAGACUAGAAUAUUAAAUAUACUGUUUUGUGAUGAUAAAUUACAAAAUUAUCAUCCCUGAGCUUUUAACCUACUAACGUGUAUAAUAGGUCUGAGACAAAAAUAUUUAUACACUGUCAUACAAAGAACAUAUGUAUGGGGGACCAGGAUAUGAAAAACUUACUAAAAAUUGUCAAUAAAGUUGAAUCUAAUCAUAAAAAUUAUCUUGACAUAUAAAAAAGGAUAAGGAUUGAGAAAGAUAUUUUAUAUUGGUUGGUUAAAUCAUACUCUUUUCAAAUUUAAGUUUAAAACUCUAUUGCAGUAAAUUAGUACCAUGGAAAGAAAUGUUUGUGUGUGGGAUUGAAAUGUAUGCUUAUAUAUGCAAUAUAGUAUGACAAAUAAAAUACAUAAGCUUCCUUGGAUAUAGCUUUAUAAAUUGUGCAAUAUCACCUGUUUAGUGAUAGUAAAUAAACGAAAUUUAGAAGUUCUUAAGUCCAAGAAUGUCAAACUGUGCAAAACAAAGAUGCUUUCCAUACCUAAAAAAAAAGUGGCUGUUUGUCUAUUCACCAAACAAAAUUUCACAUAUUUCAAAAUAGCAGAGAUUUGGUUUUUGAUUUCAGUUUUUAGGGGAUCAAUAUUCUAGGCCUACAAGAGGAGGUAAGGCCCUUACAAUAAGCUGUGCGUAUGAAAGGAAGGCAGUGGGUACUGCUGUUUUUAACUAUCACAUCUCUUGCCUGAAUCUGGUUGAGUUUUUCACAAAGUAAGUUUUCUUGCCAUUCUCUCUCUUCUGUGCCAAAAUGUAAAGUCAGUUUUAAUUUUCACAGAUUUUAUGUUUUACUUGAUAGAAUGUUAUAUUUUCGUUCUUGGGUAUUUUUUACCUAAAAAUGAAAAAUAUACAAGUUAUAGACAACCGUGUGUGGUGUGUGUAAAGAAUGAAGGAAAAUAAAUUGAAAAAGAAUUGUAAGUUCAUUCAGCUGUAUGUUGUGAACUCUUGAUUGCGAGUACCCAGUGAACAGUGUACCUUUAUCAGUAGUCUGAGUGGACUCUGUAUUUAACCUGUGGUCACAGUAAUACCUGUACUCACAAAUACAUCUAAUCAGAAACUGAGAGACAGGCACUGUCUCAGAAAAAGUUGGUGAGUCUGUGUAAAUUCACCGCCAACCCUCCCCCCUUAAAUCCACCCCAGUAAAUGAUCAUUUUCAAUUCUAGAACUUUCACUAGGAGGCAGCAAUGAGGUUGUUGGGGAAUAAAAAC